AUGCGUCUCUCCGAAUCAGUCUUCUUCAGCCUAUUCGGCAUCAUCUUCGGCGCUGUCUUUACAGGCUUCGGCAUCAACUGUAUCGUCCGCCCCGACCAUGCUCUAAGCUUCUUCUACUUUGAGGACCUACGCGUCCCCGGUGAUCAGCAACUGGUCGACUACCUGAUGAUCGUCUACGGCGCGCGUGACAUCUUCAUGGGCAUUGCGCUAUGGAUCACGCUGUUUUUCGGAUCACGAAAGGCCUUGGGAGGAACGAUGAUUGCCUGUGGUGCGAUUGCGAUUGUCGAUGGCGCUGUGUGCAAGAUGCAUGGGUUCGGCGAGUGGGAUCAUUGGGGGUAUUCGCCUAUGCUUGUGGUUACUGGGUUGGUGACUAUGGGUGUUCUGGAUUGGUAA